AUGGCAGUGCAAUCCUCCUUCAUACCGCGGAUGACUAAGAAUAUGCCUUGGUCACCUUUUUCAGCACGUAAGUCCCGGCCCAGCCAGGCACCAGGUCCUCAGGACGCCACAGAGACAGUGUCCACCAGUGUCAAAAUGCACAUCCUCAUCGCCGAAGAUCACCCCAUAAACCAAAAAGUAGUCGCCAAACUACUGAGCAGACUUGGGAACUGCACUUUCUCUCUCGUCGGCGAUGGCCAACAGGUCCUCGACUAUCUCGCCGGUCCACCAGCGACGUGUCCGCGCCCGGAUCUGAUUCUUAUGGACACCGCAAUGCCAAUUAUGGACGGCCUCCACGCAACAUCUAUAAUCCGCACGAUCCCGCCCUUCGCAAACAACCCAUCCAUAGCAACAAUCCCCAUCGUCGCCAUAACCGCGAGCUCGAUAAAACAGGACCAGGAGAUGUUUCGACAGCGGGGAUUUGACGAUGUAAUACGGAAGCCGAUUUAUUCGGCGGUGUUGAAGGGGUUGUUGGAGUUUUGGGGGCGGAGUCGAAUUGUUCUGCUUCCGGAUCCUGGAAGUCCUGGUGGCGUGAGGAGGAGGAUUGUUACGGGGCCGCCAGUUAUGGGAGCUAGGGCUUAUAGAGCCAAGUCGUUUAUUUGA